CCUCACAAUGGUAGGAGAGAACCGACUUAUGCAAGUUGUCCUCCAACCUCUAAAUGCACACAAAACAUGGCACACACACCAAUAAAUAUAAUUUAAAAAAUUUAAAAACACAAAAUCAGGGCAGCGCUUGCUUAGCAUACACGAAGCCUUGGGUUCCAACCCCAACACCAUACAAACCAGAUGUGGUGGAACAGACUUCUAAAAUUCCAGCACUCAAGGAGGAUCCCAAGCUCAAGGCCAGCACUGACUACAAAGAGAAUUGGAGACCAGCUUGGGCUUCAUGAGACCCUGUCACAAACUCAAAAAUGGACCUCGUUAUCCAAAUAGUCUUUCAGGAUCUCGAUGCCCAAAUGGGGUGAGGCAUGGCAUGGGGUGCCCUUUGAGGAGGCUGAGCUCCUCUCUUCCCUCAGCCUACCCCACCCAUCUCUGUCUCCAUUCUUUUCCCUUCCAACCUCUGCCUGCUUCAUUGAGUUAUGCAAAUGAACGUUCUAUAGCUCCGCCCUAACACUCUGAACAACUCCCGGUCCAUAUUGUUAUGCAAAUGAGGAGACCAUUGUCCCCGCCCACCUGGCUAACAGACACUGUGGGCCCGCCCUCAUGGGUUAUGCAAAUGAUAUCCCAUUUCUCCGCCCCACUGGAUUAUGCAAAUAAGGCUCUGUGGUCCCGCCCCUGCCUCUGCCACGGAGUCUGCGCGGAGCUGCAAGCACCGCUGUCCAGAUUUCUCCGUCUCCACGUCCGCCUGCCUGACCAGCGGUCUCUCGGACUGUCCUGCGGUGCCGGGACCGUGUAGACGGAGCGGGGGCUCAGGCGGCGGCGGCCUAGACAGGGCCUCAAUGGAGCCCUGGACACACAGUGCCUACCCUCGCCUGCCUGGGCCUCAGUUUCCACAUCCGUGCAAUGGAGAUGAGUGUCCUUGCCCUGCUAGCCUCCAGGAGUGGCUGUGAGUUGGUGGUGGUCGAGGUGGAGGCCUGUGGGAAGCCCUAGGGUGCUUUCACAGGCCCAGCCUUCGCCAUGGCUGGAGGGAGACCUCACCUGAAGCGCAGUUUCUCCAUCAUCCCCUGCUUUGUCUUCGUGGAGUCUGUGUUGCUGGGCAUUGUGAUCCUGCUUGCAUACCGCCUAGAGUUCACGGACACCUUCCCUGUGCACACCCAGGGCUUCUUCUGCUAUGACAGCGCUUAUGCCAAGCCGUACCCCGGGCCUGAGGCUGCCAGCCGAGCACCUCCAGCCCUCAUCUAUGCCCUGGUCACUGCUGGGCCCACCUUCACGAUCCUGCUGGGGGAGCUGGCACGUGCCUUCUUCCCUGCUCCACCUUCUGCCAGCCCUGUCAGCGGGGAGAGCACCAUUGUGUCCGGGGCCUGCUGCCGCUUCAGCCCCCCACUUCGGAGGCUGGUCCGUUUCCUGGGGGUGUACUCUUUUGGCCUAUUCACCACGACCAUCUUUGCAAAUGCGGGACAGGUGGUGACCGGUAAUCCCACGCCUCAUUUCCUGUCUGUCUGUCGCCCCAACUACACGGCCCUGGGCUGUCCACCUCCUUCUCCUGACCGGCCAGGGCCUGACCGCUUCGUCACGGACCAGAGCGCCUGUGCGGGCAGCCCCAGCCUGGUGGCCGCUGCACGCCGCGCCUUCCCCUGCAAGGACGCGGCCCUGUGCGCCUACGCGGUCACCUACACUGCGAUGUACGUGACCCUAGUGUUCCGCGUGAAGGGUUCCCGCCUGGUAAAGCCUUCUCUCUGCUUGGCCCUGCUGUGCCCCGCCUUCCUGGUGGGCGUGGUCCGCGUGGCAGAGUAUCGCAACCACUGGUCGGACGUGCUGGCUGGCUUUCUGACCGGGGCGGCCAUCGCUACCUUUCUGGUCACCUGUGUUGUGCACAAUUUCCAGAGCCGACCGCCCUCUGGUCGAAGGCUCUCCCCCUGGGAGGACCUGAGCCAGGCCCCCACUAUGGACAGCCCCCUCGAAAAGUUAAGUGUGGCCCAGGAAGCCGAGACCUGCAGGCCGCAUUCGACACCGGCACGGCUCACCCCAUCCAAGCCGCAGAACUGUGCCCGCCGUGGCCACCUGAUUCCCAGCUGUGUGUCCUCCAGGGCCCCAGCGAUGUGCUCCUCGCCCCGUGUGCCCCGCCCUCGACUGAGGUCUGAGCCAACACCACUGCCGCUGCCUCUGCCCCUGCCCGCUCCGACUCCCAGCCAGGGUCCCUCGCCUUCCUCCCCUGGACCCGGGGGCCCAGGUGGGGGAGGUGGUCGCGGCCGUAAGCUACUGCUGCCCACGCCCCUGCUACGGGACCUGUACACCCUCAGUGGACUCCAUCCCUCCCCCUUCCACCGCGACAACUUCAGCCCUUAUCUGUUUGCCAGCCGCGACCACCUGCUGUGAGACUCGCCACCUAAAAUGCACCCAGUGUCCCCUGUUUCUUCCCUGACACGUGUGCGUGUGCCACGUGAGUGCUAAAGGACCCUGCCCUCCAAAACAGCCAGGCUCGGCGACAGAAGAUGGCUGGAAGGACACUUCUAUGGGUGGGAAGGAUCUCUUGGCUGCUCUUUGGCCUUCUUAAACAUCCGGGUAGGCAAAAAUAAGCAGGUGGGCCCAGUCCCUAAGACUGCCCUUGACCCAUCUGGCCACUGUCAAGCCAGUGAGAGCUCCUAGUUCUCAGAAUUUAACCUAAAAGUUUACUCCAGCCAAUGAGAACUUCUCACUUCUUAGCUUCCUCGAGCAAGAGGGUAACUAUGGCCAAUGUUCAGUGUCUAAACAGCCAAUAGGAGCCCUUGGCUUUCAGAAUUGCCGAGAGUGGGUGGGAAUGAUUCCAGUCAAUGGGGGACCGCCCGUGUCAAAGCCAAGGAGGGCUAUCCAGACUCUCCCUAGAAUAACAGACUCCAGCUGGAGGGUGGGGGGCAGGCUCCCCCAUAGCAGGGUCCUGCGGCACCCCUACGUUUCUAGCUCCUCCCCAGGUGCAGCAUCUCACACUCUCCAACUCCCUACUUAAGUAGGGCUUGCCCCAGUUCACAAGUUUUAGAGUUCCGGGUGCUGUCUCCCCUUGGCUGUGCCCAGGGCACCCCCAAACCUUCUAUUAUUUAUUAGGGCUGUGAAAAAAUAUUUUCUUGGGACCCACCCUUAUUCUUCAUACUGCCCCCUCUGCCUCAGCCUCGUGCAGAUGUGCCAUCUUGGGGGGCAUGGGUAAAGCAAAAGGGGGUUCCCCUACCCUGAAUAGCCAAAGGCAGUGGGCAGAUGAGACACUGUCCCCCUUCCCUGCCUCCCUCCUCAUCUUUAAUAAAGACCUGUUUGUAACAGAA